GUACCAGUCUUUUUUUCAAGGCCUCUUUUUCGCUUUAACCUCCCUAUAGAAGAGAGCCUAAUUUUGAAUUGGUUAAUUUUCCCGCAAGAUGGCCGGCGUGACCUACAUGAAAAACACAUCGUUUAUUCAAGCUGGAAAGUCCAUAGCCUUUUCUGCAUCUUCACUUCUUGGACCAAGCAAAAGUGUCAAAUGUAUCGUUGAUGAUGAUGGUCAAUUUGAGAUUACUGCUAAUGCUUUAAAGCUGCUAAGAGCAAUCAAAGUGGAGCACCCAGUCAUCUCAAUUAUUCAUGAUGCAUGCAAAGGACUGCAUAAUACCUUUGGUACAUGCUGUUCUACACUCGUCUUUAUGAUUGGCAGUUGGUUAGAAUCACUGGAUACUCUAAUGCAGGAGGGUAUACCAGUCCCAGUCAUUAACCAUCUGUUUGACGAGGCUGUUGAUUAUUGUAUACAAGAGGCAUUCAAGUCAUCAAUAUAUUUGGAUGAACUGACUCGACCGAUGACAGGAAGGAUAUCUGAUCCCCAAAUUAAGAUAGUGCCAGCUAGAACCACAGGAUUCUCAAAGGAUGCUGUUGUGCAGAAACCUGACAAAGCAACGCUGUCACAGGGCUCAAGCAUUAGCAACCAUAGAAGCCAGCCCUCAAAUUUCAUUUCUGGAUUUCAAUCAAGGACUUCGGCGUUUGACAAAAGUCCACGAACAGUUUUCAGCAGCAGAUAUAGUAGGCACCUGACUGAAGAUGCUGUUACUCAGUGUGAGGAAGAUCGAUUGUUGGCCAUUUCAGCUUCAAUAGCAAGGAUUUGUCAUGGUGUUGCACGAAACGAUGCUAAUGUUGAGCAGAUCCUCCUGAAAGUUACGGAAGUUAUUAGAAAUAGGCAAAACGGAUUUAUAGAAAUAAGGGAUCUUGACUUAUGUCUCGAUGAUAUUUUUAUCGAGAUUUGCGAUGGUAAACCAGAAGCGCAAUCUUCUGUAUUUGAAGGUAUCUGUGUUGCAGAUGUUGUUGAUGACUUGAGAAAUACGUUAAGCCCUAUUGAGAAGAAACCUGUUAAAGUGGGCUUGAUAGAUUUUGAUCAAAUGCUUUAUUGCAAAAAGAGAGGAAAAUCUUCAGACGAUACUAAUAGGUCAGAUAGUUUUAAGAAGAAACUGCAUCAGUUGGAAAUCUCUUGUAUAAUAUACAGAGGAGAAGAUAAAGAAUUUCUUGACACAUGUCAUGCAGUAGGUUUAUUGGCGCUGAAAGUCAGCACAUUAAGACACCUUAAAGCUUUGUCACUUGCUACUAUGAAUCCUAUAGUAUCGUCGAUUUAUCAUCUCGAAUCGAGUGACAUUGGACUCCCAAUUGUUUUGUCCUUAAAGCACUUUACAGAUGAAUCGUUGAGACAACGCAGAGCAAAAAAGAGAUUAAAGUCAGUUAUUUCCUUACAAUUUCCUGGUUGUAGUCAAAGGUUUAUUACGAUCUUAGUUUGUGGGACAAUACCUGUGGUAACGUCGCUGUUAGAAGAGAGACUCACAAGCUCGCUAUGGCGGCUUAGAAAUCUUCUUAAAGAAAAGAAAUGUAUUCACGGAGGUGGAGGUAUUGAGAGAAAAUGCAUUAGCCAAUUGAAAGAACAUGCAGAACGAAGUCAACGUGCAACUUCCAACAACCGUAGCAGUCUACCCAGAUUUUUGGUUAACGAACUAAACAUAUAUAGGCCCAUUGUAUUUACUGAAUUAUCCAAAGGCCUGGAGAGAUAUUGCUCAAACAUAUCACGAAAUAUUGCCGAGGCUGGCGCAACCAAAGCAACCGCCAUCGAUGAUUUAGGAUCAAAGUGUGAGGCCUGGAAACGAGCUAUAAAUGUUGUAAACGUCAUAUCUCGAAUCGACAUGGUGGUUACAAAUGGCGUAGAGUAAAAGUGUUUAAAUCAGCCUGUACGCGGUCGAGCCUUGAGGAAUGCAGAAUCAUUUCAGAGUCAAAAAGAGAUAAAGGUAAAGGUCAUGGUUGGUUGUCUUGUUUGAUGUUUCAACUGUAGGGGAGAACUCGAAUCAGUGACAUCAGAAUAGAAUCAGCUGAAAGAGUGAGCAAUUGUUGGGUUUUAGCACGAUCCUGAUCAGAGAAUGUGAAGAGCAGACAGUACAAGUUGAAAAGCUAAAACACGGAGAGAAACUAAGGCAAGUAACCAGUUCAGAAUAUGUUGUUAAUUUUCAAAUUUCAAAAAAAAAUUUAAAGUCGUUUGGAAGAUUUUAAAAUAGAAGCAAGCAUCAUAUGAUUUUUGUGUCACUCCUAAUUGAUCUGCGAUGAAAAUAGCAGUGGUUUUGCUAAACAGAAAAUGACAUGGAAUUGAUCCAAGUGACCACAAAAAGAGGUCUGUUCUAAUCCACGGAAUUCGAACUUUGACAGGAGCUUAAGACAGGAGCUUUGGUUCUGUUAAUGCAGAUAAAUUUAGUCGUUUAUAACAAAAUUAUAUUGACAAGCAGAGAUUUAUCAAUUUUUAAACUUCUGAAGAUGCAAUUUUUGAAGAUUUUCAUAAAUUAACAUGUACAUUUGUAUAUAAAGUUUUCUAAAACCUCUCUGUUAUGAUAUAAAUUUAAAACCAAAUAAUUUUUAAACGAUAUAGAAAAAAGUCAUUUGAUUGUUUUUUUAUCGAGAUCUUCUUAGCCCUUUUGAGUAAAUGAUUGUCUUUGUAAAGAUAUACGCCUUUACUUUUUGUGAAAAGUUGAGACUCGGUCUUAUCUAAACAUGCAAUUUUCAUCAGCUCUGUAGCACAUUCAACACUUAAAACCAUUUUCAGAGCUGUUUAGAACCAUUUCAAAGUGUUUCUAAGACAAAACUUUGACCUUCAAAAUUGACAAUAUUUCUAAGGCUAUAGGCUUUGAUUUUGGUGAAAAUAUAUUCCUUGGUUUUUUUAAAAAACAUGACAUUUCCAUUGACUUUCUAACCUUUAUAACCCUUUUAAACCAUAUUCACAGCUGUUAAGGGACAUUUUCAAGUGUUUAUGAGAAAAAACUUUGAGCUUAAAAAAUGACGAAUUUUCUAAGGUUAUAGGCUUUGAUUUUGUUAAAAGAUGUUACUCGGUUUUUUGAGUUAAAUAUGCUACUCACAUUAAUAUUCUUACCUGUAGAACACAUCGAAAUAAUAUUCAGAGCUGUUAAGGGCUUUUUGAAGUGUUUUUGAAAAAAACUUUGACCCUAAAAAAUGACGAAUUUUCUAAGGCUAUAGGCUUUGAUUUUGCAAGAAAAUGUUACUCGAUUUUUUAAGGUAAAUAUGCUACUCACAUUAAUAUCCUUACCUGUAGAACACAUUGAAAUAAUAUUCAGAGCUGUUAAGGGCUAUUUUCAAGUGUUUCUGAUAAAAA